CCGCGGUUAUCCUCAAGCCAUCCAUCAAUUGUCCUCGCUAUGCCAUCGAACUCACUGGCUCUCGUCUCCUGCACGAGAUCAUCACCGGUGGUAUUCUCAUAACGCAGACGAACGACACCGGACGUCUCCUCCCCUCCAAUGCCCUCCUCCUCGUGGCCAGCCAGCAAGCUAAAAAAGUUCACAAACCAGUCCACCUUCACCCCCGUCCAGGCCCAAUUUCCCAUAGCCCAGCAGCCGAUGAUGCGGACCCGUUCCCUCCAGCAGUGGUGGCCAUAUCCGCCAGAUCCCUCUGCACGCGCGCAGCCGCGACGGCAAUCGAUUCGCCCGUAAUACUUUGAUAAACUGGUUGCCAGCGCGAAAAUACGAUUCCAGUGAUCAGCGGUUUGUCUUCACUGUACGAAAGACUCCAAUAAAGGCCAAGGAGGUUCAGACGGACUUUAUGAGUGGGAGCCGCAGACGUGGAAGUACUAACAUAACGAUACCUGGCUUUGCGUAGUUGCAAGCCAGACUAGGUUAGAUCUAUCAU